AUGUUUCUCAAGUUUUUGCUACACCAACUACAGGAGUAUACUGAAGUACAAGAUGCUGUGGCUGAAUAUUUUCCUAGAUGUGGCUCACCAAAGCAAUCGUUGCAACAUACAACUGUUUCACCUACUUUAUUCUUCUCAAAUUUAAAUAGUGAAAUUGAAUUUUCUGAUAAUGCAAGUCAAAUUGGAUGCAUAUCACCUUACUCAACUCAAGGGAAUUUCAUGGACUACGACGAAAAUUGGGAUGUUCCUUAUGAGGCUUAUAAUCAAAUUAAUGAUAAAUCAUUGAAGGGACUAAUUAGUUGA